AUUUUGUGAGUUUGUGGAAAGCAGCUGUUUCUGAGUAGUGAAUUGGCUGACUGUGGAUGUUUCUUAUAGAGGAGUUAUGUCAAAAUUUCUCCUCGACUCAUAUUUUAUUGUGACUUAAAUAUAUUAUUUUAAUUUUUAUACCCGUUUCAUUUUCCUUUGAAUUGUGUGACUUGGGCUUGCAGCAAGAAAGCUGUUGUACGAAAAACGAGUGUUUCUGCACUGUAAUUUCCGACAUCGAACUGCUAUUUCUGCAUAUUCCCCGAGUUACUUUGGUUUAGCCGGUUUUUGGUGUGUGUCAAGUACGAUAUUGAUUCUGGCUGAAGGUAUUCAUUUGCAACUCGGCAAGAUAAUUGCCUAAGUUUGAGUGCCACAAGAUGAACCAUGUGUGUUCAGAAAAUAACAAUUUCCCUUAUGGUAAUAAUCAGAUGGUAUUGGACAUAAUUUUGUAUUCCUUGUUGGAAGUACGGCAGCCCAUUGACUGGGACAGUGUUUCAAGAUUAGUGCCUGGUUUCUCACCCAAAGAGUGUUCCAGAAGAUAUGAAGAACUGAAGAACAAUGGUGUUUUAUCUCCUGUUGAUAACCAGUGUACUCCAGUUAUGGUUAACAAAGGAAGCCCUACACAGACUCUAGCUUCUUACAUUAAAGCAACUCUACUGACACAGGAAGAAUCUACUGAUCAAUCUAUUACUCAUUGUGGAAUUUCUGUAACAGGAAGAGCUGGUACAUCUUCGGGGAGAAAAAUUUCUUCAGAUGCAGAGAAGUGUUCUGACAAAAACGAGGAGAGUGUAGAUGAAACACAGGGGUGA